AUGGCCCCAAUGAAUAAUAAGCGAGUCACGAGUCAUGGAAACGAACGUCAGGAACAGCGCCCAAGAGCACAUCGACAAGCCAAUCAGCGCCCACCAGCACAACGUCAGCCCAGUCAACGAAUCCAAGCGCAGCGUCAGGCCAGCCAGCGCCAUCAAGCCCCACGACAAAUCCCCCAACCCCCAGCAGCUCAGCUCCAGCAAGCACAGAAUCAGGGAUUUAUACCUCCCGUUAUCCAACCAGUAGGAACUAUGGAUGGAACAAUUGGAUAUUUUAACUAUAUGUCUGGAGGGAUCUGGCGUAAUAUCCCAAUAAGCCGGAUGCAGUAUGAAAAUUUGAUGCGAGAAGGAUAUCUGGCUCUCCAGAUGCACCAGCCUCCGCCUCCCCGGGAUGAACACGACCGUGCUGAUGUUCCAGUUGCAUACUUCAACAUCUUCGUUGGAGAUACCUGGCGUCAUAUCCCAUUGAAUCAGAUGGAGUAUCAGUUAUUGAUGCAGCAAGAGCAUUUGGCCCUCCUCAUCCGCGACUCGCGACCGCAGCAGCCACCCAUUCAUUUCCCACGCACACUCCACGAAAUGUACUGUCAGUACGGAGCUGGUGUUCCCGCAGUAGUUGCGCCAUGGCUGAUCAACCGAGAGAAUGUUGAAGAGCAAAACGGUGGUGCUGAGCAGAAUGAGCAGCAACAGUAG